AUGGGUCAGUCUGGAAGCAAAGCUGAAGAGGGAGGUGAUCAACAGCAAUCACCCCCGCAGCAACCGUCACCGGCGCCAGAGCCACCACCAACUCAUAAAGAAGGCGAAGAAGAAGCCGCAGCAAAAAAGGACACAGAGCAAGCCCCACAACAGGAGCCAUCACCGGCGCAAAAGCCACCAUCAGCCGAACAAGAAGAAGCAGCAAAAAAGGCCGCAGAGCAAGUCCCUCCUCAAGAAGUGUCACCGGCGCAGAAAUUGUCAUUAGCGGAGCAGGAAGAAGCAGCUAAAGAGAUAACAGGGCCGUCUCCACCUCCAGAGAAGCCUUUAGCGCCGCUUCCUGAAGUUCAAAAGCCCCAGCCAGCUCCGCUGGAAGCAGAUAGAACACAAGUGCCUUCAACAGAUGUGCCACACGAAAUACGACAGUCGAUCACCACAGUUCCAGCUCAGGAAAAGAAGGAGGCGUUUGCUGUUGCUCCACCAGUUGAAGAAAAGAAGGAAAUCACUGCAAAAAUUGUCUUGCCAAUGGAGGAGAAGAAGGAGAUGGAAAAACUUCCGCACAAGGACGAAAAAUUGAUCGAGAAGAAAACAGAACCUGUGAAAGAAAUGGCUACAGCAAAGCAAACAAAAGACGAGAAACUGAUCAAGAAGGAGAUAGGACCUGCAAAAGAAAUGGCUACAGCAAGGCAAACAAAAGAGGAGAAACUGGUCAAAAAGGAAAAAGAACCUGUGAAAGAAAUGGCUACAGCAAAGCAAACAAAAGUGCCACAGCCUUCAAUAACAGUGGUUCCUACAAAAGUGCCGGCAGUUCCAUCGUAUGAAUUGAAAAAAGAUGAAUUACCAGAAGGAAAGAAACUCCUCAAGGGAUUGGAAGGCGUUCCUCCGAAGGAAGAAAAAAAACCCUCUGUGCAUGAAAAGGAAGAAAAGAAGGCGGCUCUUGAUAAGGAAAAGAAAUCAGCUGAGAUAGAGAAAGUAAAA